AUGGAACCUGCAUUCUUCCGUGGCGAUCUUCUUCUUUUGACUAAUGAUCAUUCUGAUCCGAUUCGCGCUGGCGACAUAACCGUUUUCAAAAUCGAUGGGCGAGAUAUACCCAUCGUCCAUAGAGUAAUAAAGGUUCAUGAGAAAACUCCUGAGGACACCAAAUUUUUAACAAAGGGAGACAAUAACCAGGUUGACGAUCGCGGGCUUUAUGCACCCGGACAGAUGUGGCUGCAUCGUGACGAUGUCGUUGGUCGUACGAAAGGCAUGCUUCCGUACGUUGGCAUGGUAACCAUUUUAAUGAACGACUAUCCCAAGCUGAAGUAUGCUGUGUUGGGCCUUCUUGGACUUUUUGUUAUCAUUCAUCGUGAACAGUAG